GCAAAAGUCACGUUCGGGGUGUUCAAUCUGUCAAAAUCAUAUUGAUGUUAUUUGUUUUGUUAUUAUCCGUUUUUUAAGUUAAACUCGCCAUGAUAUCGAACUUAUCGCACGUGACUCAAUAGAAAAUCAGCCUGUGCUCCGCAACAAUUCCGACCAGAUGUGUUACAAUGACCUUUUUCAUGCCCCCUGGUUGAAAAUCGAAUUGCAAUUAUGAACGGCGUCAACGGCAAUGGUUUGGCAGACAGACGGCCUAUAAUAACAUGUGCGGGAGAGUUGGAAGUGUUUUCCGCCAUCGAAGACAGCCUCUCGCAAACGCUGCCGCAGGACGCCUGCGAGUGGCGACGUUCCCUGGGCCGUCCCGUACGCUCCGUACACAUUGGGGCCAAUUUUGCGCCGUUUAGCUCGGCCGCUCUUCCAAGGGGUACACAGUGGGACCUCAUUCGGCAACCUUUGUUUCACAUUUAUUGGACUGAAUGCACUGAUGUAGAUAUUUAUAAAACUAGUAUACGAGAUGAUAUUGAUAAUUGGCUAAAGGAGUUGAGCAGCAAAGACAUUUCUGACUGGCUAAUUGUUGUAGUGGAGAAUUAUGAUGGUAAAAGAACAAAUAAAUUAUUACCCAGGACCACUGUAUUAGAUAAAAUACGAGCUGAUUUUGCUCCUAAACAAGGAGAUAGAUGUAUAUCUGUGAUAAAUCCAGGCAAACUUGAAAGCCGAUCAGCAGAUUCAUGGCGAGGCCUUGUGGCUAGAAUAAGGCAUCUUCUACUUGUUGCAUAUGCCAAGGCAGUGUCACGACUAGAAGACCAUGUUAGACAACAAAGAGAAAGGAGAAACGAAAUCGGCUGGGACUUUAUGCAGUAUUUUCAUUUGCAAGAGGAAUUAGCUCAGGUUUUAGAGAUGCUGGGACUGAACGACGAGGCUCUGGUACAGUACGACGAGCUGGACGCCCUUUUGUCACAGUUCGUCGUCAACGGUAUCACAAGCGAGAGUGUGAAUUGGCUGAGCGAUUUUCAGAGACCAUUGGACAGAUGGUGUGGACUCAAAUUAGGACCCUCGCUGCUCUCUAAAAAUCCAUCCAUAUUAGAAUUAAGGGCGUACUUGUUCGCCAAGCAAGCUCAGAUGUUGCUGCUCACCAAUAAAGUGUGGGAGAUGGCUUCAAGAUGUGUGCCAUUUUUACACACGUGCACAAGAGAAUUAUCGAUUUUGGAGGUAAAAGCCCCCCCUGGUGCUAUUUCUUGCUGGCUCUUUUUGGCCAGUUUGGAGGUCCUUCAAACUUGCGACAAAUUCAAUCAUGCUGACGAGGUCAAAGAGUACUCAUUACACACUGCUUGCCUCUGGGAGUAUGCUAGUCAAAAGUUGAGAGAUUUGGGAGAACUUUGUGGGUUAAUGCCUGGCGUAGAACCUACCUCAGAACAACUGCAUAUUGUGGUUGGACUUUCUGCUGGAAUGGGCGACAAUCCUGGACCACCAAACAAUCCAUCACCUACUGACAAAUUGAAGUUAGCCUUACGACUUAGGGACGUUUUCAACAAAACUUAUUUGGAACUGGCAGAACUGGCGAUGGGAACGUACAAGCAUAUAGGGAGGCUCAGAUCAGCGAGGCUCGUGGGCCGGGACGUGGCCGCUUUUUACAUGCUGCUCGGCGAAAGCCAGAAGGCCGCCGCCUUUUUGGGCGACCUGCUGCGCACCUUCGAACAGGACGGUUGGCACGAACUCGUCGCCCAGACCCAGGUCGAACUCGCCAAUAGUUACAAGAAGGCCGGCGACGUCCGGAAACUAAUCCGGGCGUGCGCCUCGGUGUCGGCCGGUCCGGAAAUCGACACGUUAAUUCGGUGGACCUACUUCGACGAGAUGCAACGUGGCCUGGACUCGCUGGACAAGACCCUCAUAGUGCCUUUCGACAGCAUUAUUAAGGUCGUGACGGUGAGCUUAAGGAACGACGACCCUUUCGUUAUGCAGGACAACGACAUAUGCGUGGAAGUGGUGCUGGAUUCCAAUUUUCCCAGGGAGGUGAUCUGCCAAAAAGUGAUGCUGUCUCUCGAAUUGCUAGAGAACAAAGAAGCCAACAAGAGCAACGAGAAGUAUUGCAAGGGGCGAGUGUUAAGUGGCAAAGACAUGAAACCACGUGAUCCCAUGCUACAACGGUUGAAGAUUCAAAAAAGUCUAGAUUAUAAACAAGACAAGCAACUGGCGGCUGCGGGAAUCGUGUCCAAGUUUACAGAACUGAGACGAAAAGACAGUGCGCAGGUCGUACCACACAGCGAUUUCGUAUAUUCACUCGAACUUACAAAGCUGCCUUUCGUACUAACCCCCGGUGUAAAUGUGAUAAGACUGAGCAAGAAAGCAAACAAAAUUGGCAAGUUCUGUCUGGGGCAAGUGGCCCUACACAUCGGCAAAAUGGAGAUGGUGUCGCCUCCGUUAACUCCCCGUCUCGUAGUGGAGGUGAAAGAGGAAAAGCCUUCACUCCAAUUAAACAAACGGUCCUCAGCCCUCAUCUCAGGCGUCGAACAAUUGAUGAACCUCAUAUUAACUAUAGGAAGUUACAAAAUUGAACCAAAGUCUAUUAUUAAACUAACAGCAUCACGAGGUUUAACCUUCCAAAUAACACCGGACGAACCGUUGGUAUCCAGCCUUGAAUUCGAAGUGGGCGACAGAGAGCCGUUUUCCAGCACCCGUCACCUCUUGCGAAUCAUCGCCGACGUCCUCUCCAAGGACCAUCAGGUGUCGAUAUCCGUACCGUGGAGCAACAAGCCGACGGUGGUGACGUUGAACUUCACGGCACCGAUGGUGACGACGUGGCGUCUACACACCGUCCGCCAUCGGAAGUACGUGCAGAUCAAUGUGACCGGACAAUGCGAAUCGAAUCUGGCGAUCGAGGAGGCCCGUCUGGAUGUGGGUGGUGUGUGCGAUGUCGAUUCCAGAAACGCUUCUUCUAGUCAAAUUAUUACGAACGGUACGACGUAUUCGUUCAUGUGGGAGCUACUGAUCACGCCGAAGGCAGACACCCCAACCAUAAAGGCGGAGUUUUCGGUCUCGUACAAGCUGGAUGAAUCCAGUGACAAUAAAAUUUACCAGUACUUUUUUGAUAUUAACGACUACCAGACUCUCUAUUUAUUGGAUGCGGACGUGGAACCGACGAAGGGCAGCGAGUUUUGUCGAGUGGGCGCCGUGUGUCAACUCCACCUGACCAUCGAACAGUCACGUGCCCUCCCCGAGUCAACUUCGGCCGCCCGAUCGCUCAUGUACGAGGUGCUGGCCGAGCCGAACGUGUGGGCGGUGUGCGGACGGACUGCGGGCGUCGUGUGUUUCGACAACUCCGACCUCGAGCAUCCCCAAACCGUGAUAUUAGACGUCAUGCCGUUGACCAGCGGAUAUUUGCCUCUGCCCGUCGUCCGCAUUUCCAAGUACAUUCCGGCGGAAUCGGGCAACGAUAAAUUGGGGAAAGGAGACACGGGGCCUCGUUUGGAGCCGUUCAGUCCCGGCCAAGUGUACAAUGCGAGCAAAGGCAAACAACUGCACGUGAUAACACCCGUAAGUGACGGCCACUCGUCUUAAAACGGGAAUUUCUUAUUGUUCAACAGUCCCUUAUCUCAAUUUACCUUUUUUUGAGUUUACAGAAAGGCAAAUGUGCUACUACUAUUUUUUAAAUGCGUUGCGCACAUGUACCUCUGCUAUUGAUGCAAACGAAUUGCGAAAACCGCUUCAUUAUCCUAUAAUUGUACUAUUCAAGGAAAUAUAUUUUGUCGAGGCAAGUGUUUGUUUCAGAUAUGAUUGGGAUUGACACUGUUACGUGCUUUCUGUUUGUUUAUUCCUACAAUCCACUUAUUUAAGAACAAUAUAUUCAUAAUAAUAAUUAAUAAUGUAUGUCUGUUUAGAAUACUGCAGUUUCUCAUUUUAUUUACCAAAAAAGACAUUUUAAGUACACAUUUUUCAGCAGAAACCUUUGGAUUAAAGACCCGACUCAAGACACGAUGGCUUGAUGUAGAAUUGAUUUUUGACUGAUUAGUGCCAAUUUUUUGUUAAACCGCUUGCCUGUGACUUUUGUUACAAUAAAAUAACAUCACAUUUGUGCAAUAUGUUCAAAUCAAUUAUCAGUAUAUUUAAACUGCAUAAAACAAGGAGAAUGCUGAUUUGUUUUGUGGGUAAGAGGAAGUAUAUAAUAUAUAUUUGAAUUUAUUUUUUCUAUGUAUAGUAGUUUAUGUAUUAUUUUUCAAUAUUAUAUUCUCUUUGUAUAUUAUUGGUGUACAUAUACUUUCUUUAUUUAUAUAUAUACUAAGCAAAUAAAUGUAUAUUUAUUACUUGUUAA